GGUAAACCCCACCCCAGGAGCAGACGGCUCCUUUGCAGCCUAGAGCCCUCCAUCACAGCCCUGCCUGGAGAGAGCACAGCUCACACUGGUAUCUCCCCCACCCCCGUGUCCUGGGACUUCCCUCCGUACCAUGGACACCCCAUCGACCACCCAGAGCACGGAUUGCAUCCGCUCCAACAGCACCAAGGACAACAUGUUGAGCUCUGAGAGCGCCACCGUGCUGGGCAGCCUGACGUUGUCGCUGGCGCUGGUGGUGGGUUUGCCCGGAAACCUCCUGGUUGUGUGGGCUGUUUUGAGCCAAGGCCGAGGACGCAGGGGCCGGAUCCGACAACCCGCCACCUCCGUCUCCGUGCUGCUGCUUCACCUGGCGCUGGCCGACAGCUUCACUCUGCUCACCACCCCUAUCUGGAUCCACUUCCUGGUGUCCCGGGACUGGGUCUUCGGCUCGGUCGCCUGCAAACUCGCCCACUACAUCUGUUGCCUCAAUAUGUACGCCAGCAUCUUCCUCAUCAGCGCCAUGAGCGUAGAGCGCCUGCUGGCCGUCAUCAAACCGUGGUUCGCCCGGGGCCGCCGCAGGCGCUGGACCCGCUGCGCCACGCUUCUGGGCCUGUGGGUACUGGCGGCGUUCGCGGCCAUCCCCGCCGCCUACUACCGGGACGUGGUGCUGGGCAAACUCCACUGCUGGCGGAUCUGCGAGCCCGAUCACCGAAGCCCCAAGGACGCGGCCUUCCACCACUUGGCCGAGACGCUGCUGGGCUUCCUGCUGCCGCUCGGGCUGCUGUGCGCCUGCUACUGGGUGGUGGGUCGCAGGGUGCGGACGCUGCGGCACCGGGGCAAGAGCCGUGCCGGGCGGCUGAUGGUGGCUCUGGUGGUGGCCUUCACAGCGCUCUGGCUGCCCUACCACUUCGUCAACGUGGCGCAGGUGGUUGCCGAGCUGGGCGGCAACAACGAAUUCCGAGGUCUGAUGGAGGAGGCGCGCCCACUGGUAACUAGCCUGGCUUUCCUUAGCUGUGGCGUCAACCCGGUGCUGUACGCCUUCUGUGGCGCCCGGCUCCUGCACUCGUCCCGGUACAACCUCGUGGCGCGGCUCUUCAACGCGGCGGCCGCCGCGGCGGAGGAGGACGAAGGGGGGAGGUCGGGGGCCAAGCGUGAUACGGGGAGCGGGCCGGAGGUGGGGCUCAACCGGGCCAUCUCAAGGGAGUCGUCCUGA